CAGUUCAURGGAUAUUUCACUAACAGACAAACAGGGUUUACUCCAACACAUAAUGCUAACUUUAUAAGCAAAGUUCUUGCACAGUGAGUAAAAAUUGAAAUAUGGAUUAUGAAAGACUAAGCUGCAAGCUCAACAAAUUUUAGCCCAAUAUUUGUAAAAAUGACUAAUUUAUGGCAAUUUUUGUGCUUUAAAAACUUAGUCAACUGUGGCGACAGCUCAAGUUUGGGUUGGCUCCGAAUGCAAAUCAGUUGUAGAUGUACACCUAAUAAUCAAAUCCUAAAAGUUUCACCAAAAUCCAYCCAGUUGUUCAUGAGAUAUUUUGCUAACAGCAAGCAAGAGAGACUUGAAAAGUUAAAGGCAAUUUAAAAUGAAUCCUACACUGUAACAUGAAAUUAUUAGUAAAAUAAAAAAACUCUGAACUUUAUUCUUGUUACUAUUUUCCUUUAACUCCUUCUGCUUUGUGUGCUUCUGUCUGCAACAUGCCAGGACGUGCCCGAGCCUCCACCUGCCACCAUCAGAGCUGCAGUGUCUCUUUAAAAGGCGAUCCCAUGCGCAGGAUCCAGGGGGGGCUGGUCCUUGAUCGACUUGCAUGCGUGUAUUGUGUGUGCGUGCGUGCGUAAGAGCGCGUAUAUGAGUAUUGUGAGUGUGUGUGUGAGAGCAAACCGAGAUACAGUGAGUGAGUAGUAAGCCCGGAGAGGUGGCAGUCCGUCUUAUUCCACAUCGACGUGCUCGUGCGCACAUCUUUAUCUGUCUUCAUAUCGCCGAGUGGCGAAGAGGAGAGCCAAUAUGGCAUCUGUGUUAGGUGGACCAUCCGGGAUCUGAUCUGCCUCUUCUUCUCUUUGUGUUGCCUCGGUGUGACUGUCCGCUCAAGGCRUUAAUUACAAAGUGGCUCGUGGGACUUCGCUGCCUGCUGUUGGAUAGCAACAGAAAGGACGGGCGCGCGCAUUCAUGGGACGCGACUUUGACAGCUCCUCGCCUCCCGUCUUGUAACUUUGUCACUGGUCAAGCAGGGACCCAGGUUGCGUCUGGAGAUCAUCCAUCCAUCCAUCAUCGUCACCAUGGCCGAGGCUUCGCUCCCAGGCAAACUCCCGGACCUGGAUGUGGCCAUCGACCCGGACUUUGAGCCCCAGAAGCGGCCCAGGUCCUGCACCUGGCCGCUGCCGCGACCGGAUUCGAGCGCGGUGAAACCGGACAGCAACGACAUCAUCCCGGAGGAAGAGGAUGACGAGGAGGACGCCGCGACCCCCGUCCGUGUCCGUGGCUCCGGAGCGGACCAGAGCGGCAGCCCCGUCACCGAAGGAUCGUUCCCCUCCCCCGGCCAGGACAGCGGAGGCUCCCCGCACUCCGCGCACUCCCCUCCGGCCRCCUCGGGCGCGCUGACUCCCGGCAGCCUGGCCGCCGCGCAGACCCCGAGGAAAGCGUCGUCCCGCCGCAACGCCUGGGGGAAUCUCUCCUACGCCGACCUGAUCACCAAAGCCAUCGAGAGCUCGCCGGAAAAGAGGCUGACCCUGUCCCAGAUCUACGACUGGAUGGUCCGAACCAUCCCUUACUUCAAGGACAAAGGCGACAGCAACAGCUCUGCAGGAUGGAAGAAUUCCAUCCGGCACAACCUUUCCCUCCACAGUCGCUUCAUCCGUGUCCAGAACGAGGGAACCGGAAAGAGCUCUUGGUGGAUGAUCAACCCCGAGGGAGGAAAGGGUGGCAAGGCUCCGCGCCGUCGCGCAGUCUCCAUGGACAACAGCAACAAGUACACAAAGUCUGCCCGCGGCCGAGCGGCCAAGAAGAAGGCMGCCCUGCAGGCUGCCGCCGCCGCAGCCAGUGAGGGUGGUGGGGACAGCCCUUCAGGUACAUCUAAGUGGCCCGGGAGUCCAACGUCACGCAGCAGUGAGGAGCUAGAUGCCUGGACGGACUUCCGCUCCCGAACCAACUCGAACGCCAGCACACUUAGUGGUCGGCUCUCGCCCAUUUUGGCCAACCCUGAGUUAGACGAGGUGCCUGAUGAUGAGCCRCCUCUUUCGCCCAUGCUCUACUCCAGUCCUGGCAGGGCACUAUCGCCUGGGAACCCCACAGGCAAUGGAAAGACUGCUUCCUCUGAUCUGCCCCGCCUGACCGAUUUGGCAGAAACAAUGAAGUUAACCAGUGGACUGACAGAAGAUCUGAUGGAUGAUCUGCUAGAUAACAUAAAACUUGCACCAACUACUGCUAGCCAGACCACACAGAAUGGUUCCUCAGGGUUCAGUUUUGGGUCCAAACCAAAUGGCGUAGGUUCACCUUCCUCUACGUCCCCUCAAUCUUCCAACUCUUCCUCAAACGGUGGAAGUAAUAAUUACAGUAACUCCAUCUUUGGCCCCCACACAACAGGCUCCUCUCUGCGUUCAUCUCCCAUGCAGACCAUCCAGGAGAACAAGCCAACAUCCUUCUCCACAAUCAGCAUGUCACGCUUUGGUGGCCAAAUUCUACAAGACCUGCUCAACUCUGACUGUCACAACCACAGCGAUGUAAUGAUGACCCAAUCUGACCCGCUGAUGUCACAGGCCAGUGCAGCCGCGGUCAUGUCCCAGAAUUCGCGCCGUAACGUCAUGGUCCGCAAUGAUCCUGUAAUGACCUUUGGGACCACUGGAGGACUUCAGAGUAGCCAAAGAGAGAUGCUGCAAAGUAACAACCACAACCAGAGGUCUUUGAAUGGAGACAUGAACUUAGCCAACAAGGCUAACUCUCUGGCUAAUGCCAAACAGCAGCUCCUACUGUCACCACUGGGAGGAAAUGGGACUUCCUCCAUGCAGAUUGACCCCUCAAUCUUUCUAAAUGGCACAGUCAGCAGCAGUGGAGGAUGUCAAGAUCGCUUCCCCACAGAUCUUGACCUGGACAUGUUCAACGGCAGCCUGGAGUGUGACAUGGACUCUAUAAUUAGGAAUGACCUGAUGGAUGCGGAUGGGCUAGAUUUUAAUUUUGAGUCUCUUGUCAACAUGAACGGAGUUGACAAUUUCGCAAAUAACAAGCAGACCUCUCAAAGCUGGGUUCCUGGCUGAGAGGUGAGAAGMUGUACAGGUCUGACCUAUAAAGUGGAAGAAAAGAUCAGACACACACACCAUCCUUUUUGCCAAACCAGCCAUCAGCACAACAUAAAAUCCAAACCCUGUGUUUACAGAAGCAGACUUCCUCUCAUGAGCUUUACCUGCGCUCCCACACUGAUGAACCGUGAACAAUCUGACAGACUGGAGAUGCUGCACAUCAGCUCUUAAAGCCUCCCGUGAAAAAAAAAAAGAAACAAGUAAAAGCUAUGUCAAACAAUCACAGCAAACUUACAUCUUGGAAUUAUGCAAUUUUUUUUUCUUUUGACAGCUGGUUUCUUUAUAUCAGAAGCUUAUCAGAAGGGACAAAACAAAGAAGUAAGAARAGCAUGGUGCAGCUAUUCCAGCAGAAGGCAAAAAAAAAAAAAAAACUCAAGCGCUGUAGUAUAAAUCUGAUCCAGUUUCCUGAAAUGUGUUACGUUGAGGAUAAAAAAAUCCCUCUGCUCUUAGUUAUUUUAAUUGUUCUGUGUUUUAUUGGGGGCUUUCUGUUUUAUUGUUAUUGUUCUUCAGAUCAUAGCUGUCUGUACAAAGAGAAAUGGUGUAUUAGUAAAAUGAACAGAUGGAAGCAGAGGAUCCUAUUCACUUGCACACACUCAUACAAACUAACUGACAUUUUUGCAAAACCUCACAAACUUGGAAGUCAAAACAAAAUUCUAAUUUUAAUGUCAUGCACUUACUGUUUUGUUAGGCAUUGCUUGAAUUUAAAGUAACUACAACAUGCCAAGGGUCAUAAUUAUAUUUAGCUUAUUUCUGCAUCCUUGUGUACAUUAAAGCGUACACAAAGAAGGAGGAGGAAAACAUCUAGUGUCUGUUUUAGUGGUUCUUUUUCUUUUUGUUUCUUUGCUUUGUUUUUAACGGUGAACUCUUUAAAGGUCGUUUAUCACGGCAUUUUAUGUAGUCAAAAUGAAAGCCUGUUUGCUAGCGUUGUGAACAUUUCCACACCACUACAGGUGCUAUAUAAACAGUGUUAAAUCCAUCCCCGAGAGCAAGCCGUGUAUUUUUUGCUUGAUCAGUUUUUUUUUUACCUGCAGAAAGCCCAAAACUGCAGCCACAAGUGAGGUGGCGAGGUUGAAGACGGCAGUGGGAGCAGGGUUCUCUCUCUUUUUUUAGGCUCAUUCCUCUCAAAGCCAUUUGUUUCUUGGGUAAAACAAUAAGCUAUUUCUGUAUAUUGCCAAAUUUACUUGAAACAGACAGUAGAAUUUGCUGGCAGCCAAAUCACACGUGCACACACACACAAAGAAAAUCUAAUAGCAGGGAUCUGAGUAAAGCUCUUCUUGUCUAGCUUGUGGGGCUUGUUAUGCAUAUACAGAAUCACUUGGGGGGGGGGGGGACUUUGAAGCUUCCCAUUUGAAAUAUUUACAUUCAAAUGGAUUUACACAGUACAUUUCUUGACAAUAAAAACAAAUAUCUUGUGCUUGUGAACUUGUAACCUGUGAAUUUUGGUCGUUGAGAUGAAAAGAAGGAAGGAGGAUUAACGUCAGGAUUAUUAAGUCACGCAUGUCUGUUGUGUUUUUAUAUUUUAUUUUUUUCAUUUUGUUUGGGUUUUGCUGUCAUAGCUAUUUUUCUUCCUCUUGUUGGACUUGUGACACAGACACAUCCCCUCACGGACACGCCUGGUGCUCCUGCAGGUGACUUCCUGUAUCUCCUGACUUGUGUACGUGUUUUCUCUACCAAGUUGGUUUCAGCGGAAUUCUUCUCACAAGGAAGUUUAAUAUCUCACGAUGCAUACAGCACAGCCGACUGUAUGCAUGUCUGUAUUUAUGCAUUAUGAAUCGUGUGAAAAUGCAUAUAUACUCGCUGUUUGUCCUUAUAUACUCAUGUUAGUACUUGACCCAUGGAUUUUUUGUGAUACCUCUGUAGUUGAAGAAUUAUUGAACAAAGUUACGCGCCGGGUAGGUGGGAACACUGUUACCAGCGAUUUAAUUGUUGAACCAGAUUUCUUUUAUUGUUUGUUUGUUUGUUUGUUUGUUUUAAUGGUCGUAUGCACCAUUGUUGUAGCAUCUGGAAGCUCUGGUACCCCUUUACUUGUUUGGGGUAGUGACAUGAAGUGUAUUCCCUGCUGUGUAUAAUAGUGUACAGAUUUGUGUAUAUCAUUUUAAGGCCAAGGCAGAAGAGCGGGUGUGCAUGGUUGGCUGGAAUGAGCUACUGUGCCGUCUGAGGUUUAGUGCAUGAAUUAGCUGAUAUGYCCCUCAACCCAAAGUGGUUCCGUCCCAUUACAGACGUUGUAAUGUAGGGAGGACCAAAUAUUUUUUAGCACCCAAACACUCUUUGUUCCUUUUUUUAAAGCAAGAUCAAUGCUUACAAAGGAGCACUUGCACCAUCUUGCUCGUUUAAAGCAAUAGUUCAGWUUUGAAGUUGAGCUAGCAGCUAGUCCAAGUGUGGACUCAAACCUCCCCUCUCAAAACCCUCAUAGCAGUUUUAGUGAGCGCCAUUUUACAAACCUUUACAUMACUGUUUAUUUUGCAUAACAUAGGUAUUCACGUAUUUUUUAAAAAAAAAUUCUCGCAAGGGCAAUUAGCCGCAGCUAGCCGCCGCAGCUAGCCGCUGUAGCUAGCCGCCGCAUCUGUUAGCUGUCCAGCCGUUAGCUAGUUCAAUAAAGUCAGAAUUAAACGCCAUUUCUUGAAAUUGAGGUCUUUUAAAAACCUGUCUACAGCAGGUAAUAUUUGCUCAUACUUGAAAAGUUCUGAACUAYGACUUUAGGUUUAAUAUUACACGUGUUUCCAUAUGUGUAGACAGAGAAAAACCUUUUUAUUUUACACAAACAUCCGGGUGCUUUCAAUGACCAGCAGUUUAAAACUUUGUAAUCUUUGAAAAAGAUGCUGGAACACCUCAUUAUGUCCUAAACCUGCAGAACACUAUCAUUUCUUUAGGCCAGGCAUUUAAAUUCAUCCACACUGAUUGUAUUUACGAUCAMUUCUUUAGUUAUCUGUGAAGGACAAGGUGAAUCCACGGGAUAGUUGUGGUGUUUUGUAUUUAAAGAUAGGUUAAUGACCCCUGAYAAACCGCUGGUUUCACUUGCACAGGAGUGUUCCUGACAUUUUUUUAUGUUCAUGUAAAGUGUUUCAGCUCUAAGAGUCACAGCGAUGCUUUUUUUCCCUCAACACCACUCAAUGCUACUACCUUCAUCCAAGCACAGCUGACCUCCCUUUACGCCCAACACACACACACAAAAACACACACACAGCACAUCAUGUACUGGCUUAAAGCUAAGAAAAAAGAAAGCAUCAACAUACCACUAGAAACCUUAAUGACCUCUUGGACGUUUUGUAUUCUGCUCUUGUUAAGAGUCCCAGGCCAGCUCCUUUUUCCAUACACGCCUCUGAACUUUGCCCUUUAUUAAUCUUGCUUCUUCUCGACUCAAUGUUAGUGGGUAUUUUACCUGUGUAUUCCAUUUUGAAUUGUAAUCUAGUUUGUAUAAGAAAUGGUGCGCAUGUAAAUAAAGCUUGGUGAAGCUCCA